CUCUGGCAAAGUUUUCAUGUCACACUUCAACUGCCACUGAGGAACUGUAUCAGGGGACAGCUAGACAUUGACCACUUGGGCCAGUGCCCGGCCGCUUUCAGAUAAGCUUUGAACAAGGAAGAAAGGGAAAAUGCAGAAACAGUAAACUGUGUUUAUCUCCCAGAGAAGAUCUCUUCUUUAUUCCUAUGUGUUUGAGGCCAGCUUAUCAUAGCCAGCAAGGCACUCCACUGGACCACACUCAUUUUAGCCAGUGGCCAGGCUAUCAGCAGAGAAAAGACAGGUGGGCAGCAUGGCUCCGGGCGAAAAGGAAAGAGGGGAGGGCCCAGCCAAGAGCGCCCUCCGGAAGAUACAUACAGCCACGCUAGUCAUCAACUUGGCCCGAGGUUGGCAGCAGUGGGCGAAUGAGAACAGCAUCAGGCAGGCCCAGGAGCCUACAGGCUGGCUGCCGGGAGGGACCCAGGACUCACCUCAAGCUCCUAAACCAAUCACACCCCCUACUUCACAAAAGAAAGCUCAGAGUGCCCCAAAGUCGCCACCCCGCCUGCCAGAAGGACAUGGAGAUGGACAAAGCUCAGAGAAAGCCCCUGAGAUUUCGCACAUCAAAAAGAAAGAGGUGUCCAAAACGGUGGUCAGCAGGGCUUAUGAGAGAGGAGGGGACAUGAGCCACCUCAGCCACAGGUAUGAGAGGGAUGCUGGUGUGCCUGAACCUGGGCAGCCAGAGAAUGACAUUGACAGAAUCCUCCACAGCCACGGCUCCCCAACACGGAGGAGAAAAUGUGCCAACCUGGUGUCUGAGCUGACCAAGGGCUGGAGAGUGAUGGAGCAGGAGGAGCCCACAUGGAGGAGUGACAGCGUAGACACAGAGGACAGCGGCUAUGGAGGAGAGGCCGAGGAGAGGCCCGAGCAGGAUGCAGUGCGGGUGGCUGUGGCCAGGAUCAAGCGCCCCUUGCCCUCCCAGGUAAACAGAUUUACAGAGAAACUCAACUGCAAAGCCCAACAGAAAUAUAGCCCAGUGGGCAACUUGAAAGGGAGAUGGCAGCAGUGGGCUGAUGAACACAUACAAUCCCAGAAGCUCAAUCCUUUCAGUGAAGAGUUUGAUUACGAGUUGGCCAUGUCCACCCGCCUACACAAAGGAGAUGAGGGCUAUGGCCGCCCCAAAGAAGGAACCAAAACUGCUGAAAGGGCCAAGCGUGCUGAGGAGCACAUCUACAGGGAAAUUAUGGACAUGUGCUUCAUUAUCCGCACAAUGGCUCGCCACAGACAAGACGGCAAGAUCCAGGUUACUUUUGGAGAUCUCUUUGACAGAUACGUUCGUAUUUCAGAUAAAGUAGUGGGCAUUCUCAUGCGUGCCAGGAAACAUAGACUGGUAGACUUUGAAGGAGAGAUGCUAUGGCAAGGCCGAGAUGACCAUGUUGUGAUUACGCUACUCAAGUGAACCUUCAAAAACAAAAGCCAAAUUUGGCCCACUAUUGUUUUAAUGCUAAAUGCUCAUGUAGGUAAAAUGAAAAUGCAAACUCUCCAUAAUGUUAGUAAAUAUUAAACAAUUUUUACAUAAACGACUUUCUGGCAUUCUAUUUCUAUCUAGAAUGAGGAAUUUUGGAGAUUUUGAGAAGGCACAAAGCAUUUCAGAAAGCACAUAGAAUGUUAAUGUAUAAUCAUAGUAUUAAUAGUUAAAAUUCCACAGGGUAUUUUUUGUUUUUGUUUUGAGACGGGUUCUCUUUAUGUCACCAAAGCUGGUCUUUUAACUCCUGGCCUCAAGUGAUCCUCACACCUCAGCCUCCCAAGUAGCUGGGAUUAUAGGCAUGAGCAACAGCACCCAGCCACUUGUAUAUUUUAGGCAAAAUAUUUAGCUAUUCAUUGUAGAAACAACUAUAGAUUUUUAAUUAAACAUUACAUCUAAGAAGAAUGCUGACAAGAUAAAUAUCAGUAGAACAUAUAAUAAUGUGUCUUUAUUUGGAAAAAAGAAAAUACCGUUAAGUUUGGUAAAACUAAACUUAAAAUUUUUUCAGAAGCUUGACUUUGUAUUAUUGUUUAUAUCAUAGCAUCACUUACAAAACAAGCACAUAUAUAAAAAGUUGUCAAGAUGUUGCUGAAAUUGUUGAAGUUCCUCUGUGGGCUUGGAUUCUAACAGGUUUCCAGUAAGAGUUCACCUUCCUCUUGUUUGAUUUGAGCAAAUCACAUAAAAACGGACACUUCCUGUCUUAGCACCAACAAAGGAAGGCACGCCCUCACUAAAAGUAGAGCAGAGGUGAGAGAUUCAGAUUUACUUGCCUUCGUAGGACUUCUUGGAGAAGUUUAUUGUUUCAUUACAUGUCAGCAUAUAUUGAAUCAAGCUGCUUGCAUUAACAUCAAUGCAAUGAUACGUAUUUCUCCAACAAUGGAGAAAUACAGAAAAUCUAUGAAGUGGAAUGAUCAGUAUUAGAAGAAUCCCAUAGAAUCAUGGGUGAAUUAAAAACAGAUUUGAGACAGUUUAAUUUUCCUCAUACUGUAACAAAGAACUUUAUGAAAUGUUUAAGUCAUAAAACUGCAAUAUUAGUUCUGCCAAAGUAAAAAAAUACACAAUUAUGAUGGCAAGGAGAAAAUCAUUGGACAUUAAUGUGCCUAUGUGAUCUUAAAAACAAAUGGAAUGGAAUGUGAGAUUGCGAUUCUUACUGGAUUCAAUGAAAUUACUAAAAUGCAUUGAUAGUAUAGCACUUUGGUGUUAAAUGUAAAAAUUAACGUCUAAAUAUGAUACCUCAAAAUAACAGGUAUUAGACUGCUAUAAGAAUUAUAUUUGUUUUCAUGAAUGAGUCUCUUUCAAACUGAAGGUUCUGAUAUCUUCUUUAAGAAAGUAUGUGUAUUUUGUUUCCAUACCAUAUUUAUAAAGCUAUAAAUGACCAAUAUUUCUAAGUAGAAUUUCAUAUAAGAUGCACACUUCUAUUACAAGUGAAACCUAUGCCAAAUGUUAAAGACAAAUAGCACAAGAAUAAAAGAUGAUUUCUUGUAUUUUCUGUUCUUGUUUUUAUAGUAUUUAUAGGUUAUAUUCCACAUACACUUUCUUCUGUUUGAAACACAAUAAAAUUAUAGUGUGCAACUUAGGUUACUUACAGUAUCAGUAGAAUAUGUGUUAAUAGAUGAAGGUUUCAAGAGUCUCCUCAUAUUCAGUUCUGAAUAAUAAUAUUUAUGCAGGCACUAACAUAGAUUAUUCAAAGUUCAAUUUGUUUGAGUGUAAGGAUGGAGUAAAAGGCCUCUUCUCAGACAGCUUCUAAGACAUUGACACUCUUCUGUAUAAGGCCUGGCUGUAAAGUCAGAAAGCUACUUUCCUUAGAUAAAAACGCCUGCUGUGUGAUAGGCACAUCUUCACAAGCACCUUGUGAGAUAGAUAUCAUCGUAAGAGGUGUCUUGUGAUACUAGCUUGUGGUUUGUAGACUUUUUUCUUUAUUGUGUAUUAUUCUUCUGAUAAAUAUUUUAUUUAUUUUUAAGGCCAUUUGUCAUCUUAAUGUUUCCUGAAUUGGGAUCCAAAAAUAUCUCCUCAACCAAAAUUAUUAUCCUAAAAACUCCAUGAUAGGAAUAUCCAUAGUUGGAAAAACUUAGGAUAUUUUGACAAAAAAUUAAAACAAAAAAUAAAAGAACUCAGGUGGCAAAUGAGGUAAUGAAAGUCCUCAUAUUUUUAUAGUUACCAAAUAAUAUAUGAAAUCAUGUAUUUUAUCACUGAUAAUUCUAAAUUCCCAAUAACAGGCAAUAUACAACUAAUUUCCCAAUCUUCAGGAUUUUCCUUUUCCAAACUUUCAAUCAGAUGUUCGGAGGGUUUCUGUGCUGUACUUUAUUACCCCUUCUAUCUCAUAACUUAAAGUUGUGUAAGUUCACCUCAUCACUCUGCCCACUUACACCACAAGGAGGGAAGUUCUGAGCGUGGGCUUUUUACUUCCCACAGUGUUGCAAGAUGAGGCUGCAUCUAUUCUUGGUUUGCCUUCUGCUUUUUCCUUUCCCUUCCCAAGCUCUACUUCCUUCUUUUUCUAAUCACUACUAACUGAUAAAACGUAAGAAUACCCAGUGCUGUUUCUCACAUGAUAUAGAAACAAUUCUGUGUAAACUAGAAUUUUAUGUCAAUGGGAACUUUUCUAUUACAUUACUGUUCAGGGUAUAUAAGAGGAGCAGGAGACCAUGGAGUCCAUACUGAAGUGGUCCCUUAAUGUAGAUGCCCCCCAGGAUUCCUAGAAUAUUCUAAUUUCAUUCCCAGUACCUAUAUUUUUAGUAUAAGAAGUACACAGUCAAUUUCUGUUACUUAAUUUAAAAAUGUGCUCUAUGACCUAACCUCUUAGCCUAGAGGUUUGUGAUCCAUCCACCAGCUAUCAUUCCCAUAAGGAUUAUCUAAUAAUACUGUGUGCCCAGAUUUGGGGGGCACGCAGUACCUAACAAAAUUACAUUGCAUUUACUUUUUGACCAAUAAAUCCCACUCCUAAAAUUUCCAUGGAAGAUACAACUCAAGCAAUAUGAAAAUACAUAUGCAUAAUGUGUUGUGCCUUGUUUUUAACUUAAAAUACUAUAAACAACCUAAAACAUGUAGGAAAUGGUCAAAUCAAGUAUGGCAUAUGCACACAAUAGAUGGAGCUAUAAAAGAAAAGGAGUAUCUUUUAAGAAGUGAAAUAGAGGGCCAGGCGCGGUGGCUCACGCCUGUAAUCCCAGCACUUUGGGAGGCUGAGGCAGGUGGAUCACGAGAUCAGGAGAUCGAGACCAUCCUGGCUAACACAGUGAAACCCCGUCUCUACUAAAAAUACAAAAACAAAAUUAGCCAGGCAUGGUAGAGGGCGCCUGUAGUCCUAGUUGCUUGGGAGCCUGAGGCAGGAGAACGGCGUGAACCUGGGAGGUGGAGCUUGCAGUGAGCCAAGAUUGUGCCACUGCACUCCAGCCUGGGCGACAGAGCGAGACUCAGAGUAUACCUCUUUAUAGGGUUAGAGGUUUUGACUUUUGGGAACUUAAAUAUUAUGCAUGCAAUAAAGUAAAAUUAAAUAAGAGUAGGAGAAAAACUAAAACUGGACACAAAGCAAAUAAACUGAAUUCUAUUUUAUCUUAUUAAAAUAACCACACCAGAAGAAAAAAGAUAUGUACCCAACUUUUGAAUACAAUACUUUUUGAAUAAAUACUUUCAGUCUAAAGACAUAAAAGAACUACAAAGAAAUAUCAAAUUCUACUUAAUUUUGGUGUUAGGGAGGGCAUGGGUUUGGCAAUUCUGAAAUUCUAAGGUAUCAUAAAAUGAAGCAAACAAGUAAAUAUAGUGAUGUCCUUACUGUAGGGGAAGAGACAAACAUGGAAUGAGGGAAGACAAGCAAGAACUCUGUGAUGUGAGAUGGCAAGGAGUGAUACUGGUGUGAAUUCAUGCUAUAUUUAGAUGUCUCCUGAAAGGCCCUAAAGUGAUACUACCCUAGUAGCCACAAGUGCCCCUGAUUUCUAAAUAAGAUUCUCCUGCAAAGGAAAUAUGGGUCCUUUCAGAAAUGGCUGAUUCUAGGAUUGGGUUACAGAAAGUACAGAUAAAUCUAAAACAUUUUUGUUAAACAAGGAGUAAGCAAGUGCUCAAGAAAAUUGAAAAACUCAUAGAAGUAAGACUGAUGGGGUUCCAACUGGUUAAGUCUAGGAUAGAAAUUGAUUAUAUAACCUUUUGAAUUAGAAAAAAGAGAAUUCGGCCAGGCGUGGUGGCUCACGCCAGUAAUCCCAGCACUUUGGGAGGCUGAGGCAGGCAGAUCAUGAGGUCAGGAGAUCGAGACCAUCCUGGGUAACAUGGUGAAACCCCGUCUCUACUAAAAAUACAAAAAAAAAAAAAAUUAGCUGAGCGUGGUGGCGGGCGCUGUAGUCCCAGCUGCUGGGGAGGCUGAGGCAGAAGAAAGGCAUGAACCCCGGAGGCGGAGCUUGCAGUGAGCCGAGAUCGCGCCACUGCACUCCAGCCUGGGUGACAGAGCGAGACUCCAUCUCAAAAAAAAAAGAAAAAGAAAAAGAAAAAAGAGAAUUCAUUAGUUCAUAUUGAUAAUACAUAUUCAUAAAUGAUGGAGAAAGGAAAGCUCUUCCUUGUAGUAAAUGGCAUGGCAACUAAUGUGUUGGGAAUGAAAAAGUUUAAAAAUACACAUCUCUCUACAUAUUACUUAUUACACAAGG